GCAAUAAUACCUUAGAUCAUUCUUACAUGAAGCUCGAUAAAAGUUUAACACAAUAUGCAUGUUCUAUUACUACCGCAUGCAUGUAGUAUUACUUGCUCAUAUAUACAGUAUGGCGGCGGUCGCGCAUAAGAAUAUCUUUCGAAGCAAAUUUAAAGGCUGUCUUUUGGGUGCUUUGUUUGGUGAUGCGUUUGGUGCAGAGUUUGAAUGUAAGUAUUUCCAAGAACCUGUCCCGUCUGAAGAGUUUGAUCGGUUUUCAAACGAAAAACUUCGCGAAAUGAAAACAAACAAACUGUUUCACUUUACCGACGAUUCUGCGAUGACAAUGGCUAUCUGUCGCUCAUUAUUGAGGAAAAAAGCGUUUGACAUUGAUCAUUUAGCAAACGAGUUUGUACGGAGCUUUAUGGCAGAGCCACGCCGAGGAUACGGUGGCGGUGUUAUUACGGUAUUUGAUAAAUUGAGGUCGCAAACGUUAGAAGAUGUGAAAGCACCAGCACGAGAUCAGUUCAAUGGUACUGGUUCCUAUGGUAACGGGGCUGCCAUGAGAGUUGCACCGUUUGCAUUAUUUUAUCAAAAUGACGUUAAGGAAGUUAAGAAAGCAGCAAGAGAACAGGCAUUGAUUACUCAUGCGCACACUCUUGGUGUUGAAGGUGCUGUCCUUCAAGCAGUUGCAGUGUAUUUAUCUCUACAUACACCACUUGGAAAACUUGACACCUCAGCCUAUAUUGACAAACUUAUCUCUGUAGCAAAGGAUUUGGAAAAUAAGAGCAAAAUUGAUGAUGACAUUUGUCAUGUUGACGAUGAAGAAGCCACUCAAUCGUUCACUACUCAACUACGACAUGUAAAACAACUACUUGUGGAACAUGAAGACGAUUCAAACCGCCAACGUGUGAUUGAUACACUCGGACAUGGCAUUAGAGCGGCAGAGGCUGUACCUACUGCUAUCUACGCAUUUCUUCAUAAGUCAAAAACUUGCAUGAAAGAUGCCCUGUUUUAUUCAAUGUCUCUUGGAGGCGAUACUGAUACUAUUGCCUCAAUGACUGGAGCAAUAGCUGGUGCCUAUUGGGGGGAUGAACACAUACCACAGCUGUGGCUGGAUGUUACAGAGGGUGCACAAGAAAUGUGCGAGUAUUCUGAUGAAAUUUAUAACAUUGCCUUUGAAGCGAACCAUCCUCAGAAUGUCGUGGAUAAAUAGAUGUCUAUCUUGAUGUUUUGGGUUUAACUAAUAUCGUCUUAAGAGAAAAGUGUGAUUAUUAGUUGGUUUAGUUGUGGGUAUCAUUGUAAUUAUUUAAGUGGCGACUCUGUAAUUAAUCAAGAUUUGAUUAUGUAUUUUGAUAUUCACUAUCAAUCACAUAACCACAUACGUACAUUAUAUUCCAGCAAUUUUUUAAUAAAUAUUAUACUAAACACGAA